AUGGAAAAAAAAAGAAAAAAAAUAAUAGAAGAUAAUAAUGACAUUUUACCACCUUACAUAUCAGAAUUUAAAGAUGUAUUAACUUCUAUGCCAGAUGAGCGAAAAAUAUUGAGUUAUGAAAAAAAUAAUUUGCAGCAAACAAAUGGUACUACUGAGAAUGAUUCUUUAGAUACAUCAUAUGAUUUAUUCGAACAACACUAUAUGGAUGUCGUCGCUCGAGAAUUUGAAGAUGAAUUAGAUCAGUUAAGAAGAGAUCCCUCGUUCAAUCCUAAGGAAAUGCCAUUACUUGUUUCCGCGUUGAAAAAAGGUGUAAAUAUUUUUUCGCAGGAAGAAAAAAAAAAAGUUAUGGAAAGUCUUAUGCGGAAAGACGAAGAUGAGUCUAAAGAUAAUCCUAGAUAUGAUUUGUAA